UGACCAAACAUCUCCCAAAAGUAAGAACUUUGUGAGCUAUAAAACCAUUCCUUAGUUCUGUAUUUGGACAACAUUUGUUAACACAACCAAAAGAUGGCCAAGGAAAGAGGCAUUGGUGCAGUGUCAGUGAUAGUAUUUUGUAUGUUGAUGCUUUAUUCUGAGAUGGCUCAUGCAAGCACUUACGUGGUUGGAGGUAGAACUGGUUGGACCUUUAACAUGACUGCUUGGGUCAAAGGGACCUACAAGGCUGGUGAUAAAUUAUUAUUCUACUAUAAUGCUACGCAACACAACGUGGUGAUGGUGGACGAGGCUGGAUACAAUUCGUGCACUGCUUCAAAAGGAUCAAAAACGUAUCAGUCAGGACGUGAUUACAUUGAGCUUGCUAAGGGAUCAACUUACUUCAUUUGCACUUUUCCUGGUCACUGCCAAGAUCAUGGGAUGAAAGUUGCAGCUCUUGCUGUAUAAUAAUAUAUGAUUGCUUAGUUAAUUAAUUGUGUUUUGCUAAUUAAGCAUAUGCACACUCUCAAAUUACAAUGAAAGAAACGGGGUUUAUUCCACCACUAUGUGGACUCUAUUUGUUAUGUUUCGAGUGUGUUUUAUACUUCUUGAAUAAAAAUGAUAUCCAUUUUCGAUUAAUACGAGUUUAGAGUUUAUAUAAAAUAAUUUAUCUCACAAUUAUAAAAUUUAUUUUUUAAAAUAUAACACCCCUUAUACAUGAGUUCGAAGUGAUCGCA